AUGACUAAAAUCAUAAACUUUGCACUUGCCCUCUUAUUCUUAGUUCAAUGUAUUGUUGAAUUACAAGCAGUUGCAAUGACUGGAAUUCAAGCAAGAUGUAUCUCAAGUCUCAAUGCUUAUCAGUAUUGCAAGAAAAAAGGAAACAAAGUAGGUGUCAGCAUUGAAGUUGAAUCACGCGGUAGAAGUGCUACAUGCCAAUGCAAUUGGUUUGAAGAGUUAAAGAGCGAGGUAAAAUUGUCACACAUGAUGGCUUAAACUUCAUCGAAAAAUAACAAUAAUGGUCUUCUUGGAGCCCUUGAGAAAAUUGCUGAGGACAUUACCCCAGAAAAUAACAAUGGUGUCAUUGGAAAUAAGUUGAGAUCUCAAUCCAUAUAAAAGAAAUUCUCUCAAAAAACCUUUGCCAAGACUGAUUGA